CUUCCUCAUUGCUGCCCUCAAGCAGCAGCACCUCCCUCCAUUUCCUUCCUGUCGGACUGAAUCAGGCCCUUUCGACCUCAUCAUGGCCGCUGUCUCUACAUCCUCUGCUGUGAAGGCUUCGUGCCUUGCCGCAACCGCCCUGAAAUCCGAUGCUCGCAAGGUUGAGAACCUUUCCUUUGCCCGCUCGGUCGGUCAGCGACAGGUUGUUGCUGCAAAGGUCGCGAAGAAUGUGAAGGCCAAGGCUCAGCCCGUCCGAGCCACCGUGGGCAUUGAGAAGGAAGUUGCUCUUCCCGAAAUCCCACUGACCCUGCUCAGGGAGGGUGAGGUGCGCGACUGGAACAAGCCGGACCCAACCAGCUUCCGCCAGCGAUUCGAGAGCCUCGUGCUGAACGCCCAGAACCACAUUUGCGAGGCCAUCGAGAAGGUCGAUGGAACAAAGUUCCGUCGCGACGCCUGGAUGAGGCCUGGUGGCGGCGGUGGCAUCUCCGCUGUUCUUCAGAACGGGAAUGUGUGGGAGAAGGCUGGAGUGGCAGUGUCUGUGGUGUACGGCACCAUGCCUCGCGAGGCGUACCGCGCAGCCACGGGCGAGCCUGCGCCUGGAACCCCCAAGGAGGGCGACAGGAUUCCCUUCUUCGCGUGUGGCAUCAGCUCUGUGAUGCACCCGUGGAACCCCUUCGCCCCCACCAUGCACUUCAACUACCGCUACUUCGAGACCGACGCCCCCGAGGGCGCCAAGGACGCUCCCCGCGCCUGGUGGUUCGGCGGCGGCACUGAUAUCACCCCCUCGUACCUCUUCGAGGAGGACAUGAAGCACUUCCACGGGACCCAGAAGGCGGCUGUGGAGAAGAUCGACCCAGCGCUGUACCCCAAGAUGAAGGAGUGGUGCGACGAGUACUUCCUCAUCAAGCACCGUGGCGAGCGUCGCGGGUGCGGUGGCAUCUUCUACGACGACCUGAACGACCGCGAUCCCGAGAUCCUGUACAACCUGGCCAAGGAGUGCGCGGCCGCCGUGGUGCCCGCGUACGUGCCCAUCGUCGAGAAGCGUAAGGACACGCCCUACACCGCGGAGCAAAAGGAGUGGCAGCAGCUGCGCCGCGGGCGCUACGUGGAGUUCAACCUCAUCUACGACCGCGGCACCAUCUUCGGACUCAAGACCGGCGGCCGCAUUGAGAGCAUUCUCAUGAGCAUGCCGCUCACCGCCCGCUGGGAGUACAACCAGGAGCCCGCUGCUGGCACCCCCGAGGCGGAGCUGCUCGACGUGUGCAGGAACCCGCGCAACUGGGCGUAAAGCGCCUCGUGCCUCGUUGCUCGCCUCGAGUUCUCCGGCUGGUGGCCUCGGGCCAGCAACAAGCGGAAUGCGCUGUGCAGCGUGUGCGGGCUGCUGCUGCUACUGUGGCCAUGCGACGUGCGACGUCCACUGCAAGGUUGAGGGUCGCCGUCGUUGAGUUACCUGGCGGCGGCAGCAGCCGCUCGUCCUGUUUCCCACUCCUGUUCGCUAUGGCCUGCACGCGAUACGCGCUAGAGGCACAAUAAAGGCAGCUGCAAAUGGCUUCCUGUGCGUGUUGGCGUGUUGGCGACGAGCGAAGCUGGGUUGUGGGACACACUCUAGGCAGGGAGGGGGAGCUGCCGCGGCAGCAGCAGUCCCCCUCCGUGUCUAAUGCUCUGCCGGGGUGUAGGGGUUAGUGGUAUGGUAGCGCCUUUUUUCUUUUUUUAGGGUCUGGGGCGGGGUGGGCCUGUGAGCGCUCAAGUACGUACUGCUCACCAGUGAUGCCUGCUGGAUGGUGUGCGUUAUCCUAUCUGUUCAUCAUUCUCUUGAAUAUCAUCUGUAAUAUUGAUCACAAAGUCCAAUGAAG